AUGGAGGGUCACACCGCUCCUGUCAACCGCGUCCGCUUCUCCUCCGACGGCCUCCGUAUCCUCUCCGCCAGCGAGGAUUCUUCCAUGUGCCUGUGGGACGCGUUCAGCGGGGAGCUGAUAGGCAAGCUCUUCGGCCACUACCUCCCUAUCCUCUCUGCGCCUUCAUCCCUGGCUUCGGAGGAGGCGAGCUCCGCGGCCGCAGACAAGACGAUGAAAGUUUUCGACCUUGCUUCGGGUCAGGAGGUGAAGCAGCUCAAAGGGCACAUAGGACGCGUCCUAGACGUCAGUUUCAGCCCCGACGGCUCCGUCCUCGCUACUGGCUCCGACGACGAGACGGUUCGGCUGUGGAACGUGCAGACUGGGGAGGAGAUCAAAUGCUUCCUGGGGCAUGACAACGCUGUGAUGAGCGUAGACUACAGCAGCAACGGUGAGCUGGUGCUUUCUGCUAGCCUGGACGGGACCCUCAAAGUCUGGGACACGAAGAGAGGGCAGCUAGUUCAAAUUCCUCCUACAGUCACGCUCUUCGGCCACCAGGGGAGCGUCAACACCGUUGCCGUCUCCCCGGACUCUUGGCGGGUCACGUCAGCAGGAGAGGACGGAGCCUUGCGAAUGUGGGACCUUGGAGGAAGCGGAGUUCCGGAGAAGCAGGGCCACAAGCUGGCGUGCGGGGGCCUGUCCUACGACAGGUUCGGGGAGAACCUGGUUAGCUGCGGGCAGGACGGGAGCAUCAAACUGUGGGACGGGAAGCAAGGGCUGUUCCUCCGAGAAGUUGCCAAGAAGGAGCGUCACUCCUACCUCUCGUGCUCCGCCGUCUCCUUCUCCAACGGGAUGGGCUUCAACAUCGCCACGGGCUCCGACGACGGGACGGUCAAGUUCUGGUCGGCCGACGACGGGACUCUUAAGGGCUCGCUGGACGCACACUUCGCGGCGGUCAAUGACGUCUCCUACAGCCCCGACAACGGCCAGCUGGUCUCCUGCUCAUCGGACAUGACGGUCAAGUACUGGCUGAGGGCGUACGACUGGCUGGUCUCCACCCUCCGAGGGCACAGCGGACCAGUCCUCUCCGCCUCCUUCGACUCGGCAGGCAAACGGGUCCUCUCCUCCUCUGCAGAUGGGACAGUCCGCGUGUGG